AUGGCAUUCACCAUGAUAAAAGAUAUCACUCCCCUAAAAGAAUCAUGGAGAUUGAAGGUGAGGAUUGUAAGGUUUUGGGAACAACUGGAUUUCAAAGACCAUACUGUAAUCGGCACUCAUGAAUUAAUAUUGGUGGAUGAGAAGGGCUCCAAAAUACAAGCAACCAUAAACAAACAUCUGUUUGACAAUUAUAAGAAUCUUGUGAAAGAGGGCGCGACCCGUAUUAUCUCUAAUUUUUUGGUAAAAAAAACAGGUGGUCAACAUAGGGCUACUAGCCAUGACUACAAAAUCGUUUUCUUUUACAAAACGAAUGUCAGGGAGUGUGAAAAUGUACAACUUUCACUACAUGGAUUUGACUUUGUGCCCUUCGACAAGAUGCUUAAAAAGGAGGUCAAUGAUGUAUUUUUAGUAGAUGUUAUUGGAGAAUGCACUGCAAUGAGCGACAAAAUUGACACUUCAACCAAUGGAACACCAAAUUACAAACAAAAAUACAAUAAGUGGUACUGUAUGGGGAAAUAUGCUGAACAAAUGUCUGAGUACAAAAAAGAGGGUAUCCAAGGACGUCCUAUUAUUAUACUACAAUUCGCUAAAAUAAAGAUAUGGAGAGGUAAUACUAUACAUAUCAAGUUACUUUGUAAUUCACUCUUUGCGACCAAGAUAUUCAUCAAUGAGGACAUCUCAGAAGUGAAUGAUUAUAAGGAAAGGUAA